AUGUCCAGUAACAACAGAUCGGCCAUUGCUACUGGCAUUAUUUGCUCAGAAUACAAGCAUGAAACUGACCAAUUCAUCUUUAUCUCAAAGAAUAACGACACUGGUAGUCCUGAAGAUUACCAUCUAAACAUUUACAACAACAGCAACAGAACCAUGUUGUCGCCAGUGCCAUUACUCAAGAUUGCGCACUUUCCAAAUGCCGCCAAUCUUCGUUUUGGAGGUCUUUGUUCGUAUGCUGAUAGCAGAUCUUCAUUCUAUAUGAAUUUUGAAGAGUUGUCAACCACAAAUAAUACAACUACCACGACAUUUAUCUAUCAACUCCAGCUCGAAAAUUCCACAAGUUUGCCACUGCAAUUUCAAAAAACGUCUGUUGAGCUUUUCAAUAUUACAUUAUCAUCCUUCGUUUAUGCAGCAUCCAGUAUCGCCAAUGCUACGUCUAAUCUAGCCUACAUCUCAACAUCAUCCACAACUCACCAGAGCUCAUUGAGUUUAGCCAACUUGGAUCAUCCUCAACAGCAAACUACUAAAAAUAUCUCUUCUGAUCUGGGAUUAUUAGCUGUUGGUGGAACGGAAUCACAAAGCCUCUAUUUUAUACAAAAUCAUGCCGUCGAUGUAUACAGAUUAGACACCCUGCAGUACAGCCACACGACGAUACACACCAACAUAACCCUAGAGGGCUUGAGGAGAGGCACCACAGGGCAUGUUUUCUCAGCCAACAACAAGGAGUACAUUUCGUUCUAUCAUUCAAACAGCGGACAAAUGGAUAUUCUUGGUAUCAGUCCUUCUUUGGUCAAGUAUACAUCUACCUCAGUGUCUAAAAAUGGGUACAUUGAUCUAUCAAAAACAGGCGCACCAAUGCCUGCCAUCAGACAAUUGUCAAACGCAUCCCAUAUUUUGAGUAUGAAUGAAGAGAAAAAGCAUCAUAAACGAGACAUGAAGGCGUCCAAACGAUCACUACUGAAAGCCUUUUCUAACAAGUUUUAUCUAAAGAGAGGAGUUGCCAACAGAGCACUGAAGAAGCGAGCAAUCGAUACCAGCAACGACAACAUGCAGACAUCUUCUGACGGCUCAGUCAGUUAUCACAGUGCACGGGUCGUGCCAGACAACGGUGAGAAGCUACCACAAGCUGCUAUACUCGUUCCUGCAGCGUCCAACAGUAAUAACGCCAUAUACGAUUAUGCCGUGCUCUCUGAAAGUGGUGCUAAUCCAAAUCAAUUCAGUGUCACUACAGAGUCCACAACUCGGUCUCAAGUUCCAGUCAUUGAAACACCCACAGACAAUAGUAUCUUGGAAAACGCUUCAGCAGCUAGUCAUUUGGGUGGAGGCGCUAUUGCUGGUAUUGUCAUCAGUGUGAUAGCCUUCAUUGCCAUUAUUGCGGGUCUCUUGUUCUACUCCAAGAAGCGAAAAGAUAGAGUCUAUGCUUCAAGCAUCAGCCGUAGCAUGAAGCCAGCGAUGACUACUUAUAAUAGCGGUACACCGCUAUCCAUUCAGCCAGGUGAUUUUGUUGGUGCUCGUUAUUCUGGUGGUGCUGGUGGCGCUGGUGUUGGAAUCAAUCAAUUAGACGACAACCAUACAAACACAAGCAGCAUCUUGCAAGCCACCACAUUCAUACCGGAGGAAUACCAUGAUGGCAGUCGACCUGAUAUUCGUCCCUUGUCUUACAGUGACGAGGCCAUCGACUAUGCGCAACUAUCAAGCGAGGAGCUGUCUCAACUGGAGCCCGAUGUCCAAGGCCCUUUGUUUUUGUUUAGUGGCGUGUAUACCUCGUCAGCAGAGGAGCGUGUUACUUAUUUACAAGAUGGAUACGCCAUUCGUACAUUUGACGCCAAGGACGGUAUGAAGCAUACGGUGCAUUACUUUUCUGCUUCUCAUCUAGAUACAUUUGUCCGUUCUGUGCACGCCGUGUUGCGAACAUCACCUUCCAGUAGAUCUAAGCGAUCAAGUCUCGUCUCACCCAGCUACAUUAUCAAGAGCGAAAGAGCUAUUGCCCUCAGUUCACCGACACCACUCAACCAUUACCAGUAUAUUUGGAUCACAUCACCCAUGCUACCAGAGCAUUCACUCCAUUACUUGCUGUUUGAAAGAACAAAAUGGACGUUUAUCGAUUACAACAAUACUGACUACAAGAUUUGGUCCGUCUAUUCACUGUUGAAGGGUGUAGAAACCUUGCACAGCCAUAAAUUUGUUCAUUUAGCCAUUGAUCCCAAAGCGUUUUAUUUUGACCAUGAAAUGAAGGCAACAGAUUGGAAAUUGGGUAAUCUCGGCUACGCUAUAUCCAUGUCAUCACGACACAAGGGCGGCGACAUUGUCUUGCCAGCACAUAGCCCAUUCACUGCACCAGAAAUCAUCCAAACCAAAGACAAUCUGAACUUGGAAGCUGCUGACAUGUGGUCUCUGGGGUGUGUCAUUUACACGGUGGUAACGGGUGGCCAAGUAUUAUUUCAAGAUGCUGAAGAGGUCAAGCGUCUGGCCGUAUUCCACGAUGAUAUGAAGCAGCAUCUCAAAUCCAAGAUACGACAACAUGUGGAAAACGAAGUGUUUCAAAAUAUACUAGACAGAGUACUUCAUGUGGAUCCAAGUGAACGCAAGCAUAUCAAGAAUAUAUUGGACUAUUGGGAUAGCAUUUACAAUAUGGAAGAAUAG